ACCUUCGCAAAGCCUUCUAAUACUCAAUAUCAAACUUCAUUGCAAAAUUAACAUUUGUUAUUGUUUUCAAGAUAUUAAGUAUCUGCAGACGCGCGCAGCGUGUUACUGCCGAUGAGGAGUGGAGUUAUAUUCGCUAUUUGGAAUAUAUUGGCUCUUACUUUCGCGACUACUUAAAUAAUAAAUUAAGCCAUGAUGAGGGAGUCGGCUCAUGAAAUAAACAUGGAUACGUGGAAGCAAUGGAUCCUCGAGGCCAUAUCGAAAAUCAGGUCCCAGAAGCAGAGGCCCUCCGUGCAGCGGAUCUGCCAGGCGAUCGGCACGCACCACAAGUUCCACGAGGACAUUGUGGCCGAGAAACUGGAGAAGGCAGUCGAGUCCGGAGCUGUGAUCAAGGUGUACAAUAAGGGCCUGCAUUCGUAUAAGGCGCCGAUGGCCAAGCGACGCGUCAAGGUGGACAAGAACACCAAUCUAUACAAGUUAGUGGCCAAGGCGGUGCACGAUUUGGGCGAGUGCGAGGGAUCCACCAUUAAGAGUAUUGAGAACUACAUACAAAAGUUCAACUGCAUCGACCUGUCGCCCAAUGUCGACUUCAAGGCAGUGAUCAAGGCUUCUAUAAAGAAGGCCGUAGACGCUGGUUUUCUGAUCCAAGAGGGAAAGCUCUACAAGAAGGGCAAGUCACUGACCACGCCGCGGAAAUGUGCCCCGCCCUCGGACGUGGUCAUAAAGGGCGAGGAGAGCUGCACACACUGCUCUGGCAAUGCGCAGAAGAACCUGAACGGCAUCCCCGAGCCGCUAAGCUCGUGUAAACAGUGCGGCAUAUCGCUGCACACCACCUGCGCCAAUAUCGCGGGCAGGUGCAAGUCUCAGUCGUAUGUCCUGCUCUAUAUGCUCGUCACCAAGGGCACGAACUGGGACUGCCAGAACUGCGCCGAUUGCGCCGUUUGCAAAAUGCGCAACCGUGGGCCCUGUCUGCUGCAGUGCUUCGUAUGCAAGGACCACUUUCACUUGACGUGCCUCGACACGAUACCGGACAAGAAGCCCAAGCAUCCAUACAGGUGUAAAACGUGCUCCAAACAAAGCAUAGACAAUCCCAAGUUGCUUAAAAGAGACAACAAUUCAAGGAUUAAAAUGGAGGUUGGAAACGAGAGGAUGACUGCCUCCUCCGAUAGGUAUUCCCAAAAUAAGCGGCAGAUAAUUAAGAAGGAGGGCAACUCCGAUAGUCCGUCGACCUCAAAACUAUGCGUUUACAAUGACGGCGGCAACGGUCAGAGGAGAAAAAUGGCCGCGGGCUUGAACUCGAGGAAACUGAAUCACAGCGAGGAUCAGUUCGAGUUCCCGGGUAAGCAGAAGCGGUCACAUAUAGUACAGGGAGGCUACUUGGCUAGCCAGGAGACUCGAAAGCGCACCUUCUCCGAUCUAUCAUCCUCGAGUUCGUCCAGUGAUAGCGAAGAUGACGACGAUGAGGACGACGAGCGGAACAAUAGGGGCUGCGAUGACAACGAUCAGGACGAGAGCACAUCCUCCGAUUCGUGCACGUCGUCCAGCUCAGACUCUGACUCCAGCGAGAGUUCCAGUGACAGCUCGGAGUGUGAUGACGAGAACGACGAGGAAGACUACGACACCGAUCGCAGCACGCUCAAGGGUAAAAUGUUUGAGAACGAGAAGCAGAGCUGCGCGAAACUGAAUGCCACAAACGCAGGACUAAGUUCACCGGACAGCAAUGAUGCGACGGCUGGCGGUGAGAACAACUGGGGCUUUGCGGCUGUGGCCAAGAAUCCGAUUGACAUAUUUGUGAAGUCAAAAAACAGUAGCAAAGGCAUGGGCUUUGCCAGCUCACCAGCACAUAAUCGAAGUCAAAGAGGCACGCCAGCAGCGACUUCGAAUACCACAUCCACAGCCACAGCCGCAGCUGCAGCCAGUGUUAUUAGCAUUAGGCACAGACAAGGAGCCAACAAUGGGCAAAAGAAGAAGAUUGUUCCCCUGAAGAGCAUGCCUUUGGAGGUGGGAAAGUCGUACGAAAAGGGCGACGAAGAUGACAUUCCAUAUCUUACCGAAGAGACAGUAAUGAAGGUACAACUGCUGGAGGAGAUCGAGCGGAGCAGGGAGUCCAAGAACGAGGCCGACGCUGAAAAGCCAGAAAGCCAUAACGAUGAGGAUUUAAUUGCGAAGCGAGCCAAUCCCUUUGAAAAUCAACCCCUGCCGCCGGGCGUUACUGCAACAGACGUGGAGCUAUAUCAAGAGGUUCUCCACAAAGCGGUCGUUCAGAUGUCCAACAACCACAUAGAGAAACUGGUUGACGAUGUCGGUCGAAAGCCAGGACAGAAUACCCAAAGUCCCAAGUCAAUUCAAAUUGGAAAAUGGGACAUUGAGACCUGGUACUCCAGUCCCUUUCCCCAGGAGUAUGCCCGGCUCAUGAAGCUUUUUCUGUGCGAGUUCUGCCUGAAGUACACCAAGAGUCGCUCGGUGCUGGACAGGCAUCAGAACAAGUGCAUUUGGAAGCAGCCGCCUGGCACUGAGAUAUUCCGGCAGGGAAAUAUAUCCGUGUUCGAGGUUGAUGGCAAUGUGAACAAGAUCUAUUGCCAGAACCUGUGCCUGCUGGCCAAGUUCUUUCUCGACCACAAAACGCUCUACUACGACGUGGAGCCCUUUCUGUUCUACAUUCUAACAAAGAACGAUCAGAGCGGCUGCCAUCUCGUGGGCUACUUUUCCAAGGAGAAGCACUGCACGCAAAAGUACAAUGUGUCCUGCAUUCUGACGAUGCCACAGUACCAACGGCAGGGCUACGGCCGGUUUCUGAUCGACUUCAGUUACCUGCUGAGUCGUGAGGAGGGGCAGCUGGGAACGCCGGAGAAGCCGCUCUCCGACUUGGGGCGUCUCUCCUACUUCUCCUACUGGAAGUCCGUCGUGCUAGAGUACUUGUACAAAUACCGCAAUCAGCCGAAGAUCACCUUCAAGGACAUUGCCAUCAAGACCGGUCUGGCUAUAUCCGACAUAGCCCUGGCCUUUGAGCUGCUCAACUUCAUCAAGCUGAGAAAGAACGACGGCGACAUUCGGUAUCAAAUCAAUGUGAAAAUAGACUGGAAGAAGGUGGUGGCUCAUCACAACAAAAUGGCUAAUAGCAAGACUCGAAUAAUCAUCGAAGCCGACUGCUUGCGCUGGAGCCCCUUGCUGUCCGUGUCCAAGCUACCCAACAUAAUAAAACCCAUCUCGAAUCGCGAAUAUUUGAACAAUCAAAUAGAGCGAAAGGCCGACUUCAAGGAGAAUGCCGAGGAAAACAAGCAGCCUGUCCUACCGGUCAUUCCAAAGGCGAGCCAGCAAGAGUGCGGCGAAGCUGCUCCGGCCAAGAAUCGUGUACCGAGCUCUGAAAAACCAGUUGAGGAGCGCGAGGGCCAGCGAAAGCGUGCCUGCCCGGAAGAGUUUCUUAGGUCAGCAGUGAGUGAAUCGAAGAAAUCCAAGAUGGUGAUGACUGCAGUGCAGCCGACCCCAGAAGAUCAGUCGUUUGCUGAGCACUCAUCCGACUCAUCCGAUGGGAAAUCCUCGAAGGAACUCUCCGAACACUUGACCAAACGUGCCCAGAGAUUGGCCAAGCGCAACGAUGUCAUUCCGCACACCAACAAGCGGAAACACUUCGACCGACCGCUGGAGACUAGUGGCACUGCAUCCGAUCAGAAUCCGGCGCCCAUGCAAAGGCAGUCGGAGACAGCAGCAGAUGCAGAGGAAACUGAAGCCAAAACGUCGGAAGACUCUGCUGCUGCUACUACUGCUGCCAGGGAGGUUAGCAAAUCGUCAUUGCACGUUGAUAAGAAGGUGAAUAUUGUGCCCAAACUGAGGGGCAAGCAGUCGAACGGCAAGCGAUCCAGCGAGGACUUGCACUUCAACGGCAAUGCCUCAGCGGAAAACACGGAAAAUAACAGCAGUAGUCCGGCCAAAGAACCCCCUAGAGAAUCUAUCAAAGUGGCCACAGUUGAGAGUCCUAUUAAGAGCCAAACUUGUGCCAAAGCAGAGACUCCAGCUGAGGCAAGCAGCAUCACCGAACAAGUGCUCGAUGCCGUGGCGAAGAAAACAAAGAAAACUGUUUUCUCGGACGCUAUUACGUCGUACAACGCGGAAGAGGUCAAGUAUAAGGACAAGCUCGAGGUUACCGCUCAAGAGGUGGUGGAAACUGUCAAGGACAUUAAGGAAGUACAACCAGAAAGCAAACCUAAGCCCAAGAGUCCCGAGAAAGCGCAGCCCGCCGUCGUGCUUGCCACACAGCCUGCUCUCGAGCAGCUUCCGAUUCCUGUGAACACGGAAAAUAUCAAAAAGUCACCGGAUCAACAGAAAGUGGAGAUAAAUCUGAACUACCUUAAGUCAUCGCCAGAUUCAUCGGUUACGCCGCCAGCAGCAGUGCCAGUGCAGGAUGCUCCGUCUUCCAGUGUCCCAGUCCCAGUCCCAGUCCAGCUUGAAAAGCCCAAUGAGGCUGUGCUGCCCGCUCAGCCCCUAGAGGGGGCUCAGGCUCAACAGAAGCCGGUGGAAGUAGAAAAGGCAAAGAAAACGGAAACCGCUGCCACUCCAAUCAAUCCGCCUCCCAAUCAUCGGGCAGAAGUCCCUUCUACAUUGGAGAUGCCCAAGGCCCAACCAAAGGCGCUGGAAAAGACAGAGCUGCCUCCGCCUAUGACCGACAUCAAGGAGAAGGCAAUCAAGAAGGCAGUGACACCUCCAGUUGUGAAACCUGAGAUCAACAACGGCGACAAGAAGUACGAUGCCAGCAAGGCGAUGAAAGUGUCUGUGCCCGAGAAAGAGCCCAUCAAGACAGACCAUCAGUUGGUGCAAGUCAAGGAGGAGGAGGUCAAGUCGAGUGCACGCAUGCCUGCGGCAGUGCAUCCCAUCCGAGAGAAGAUGCAGCUGAAGGGCAGCAACGAGCACGCCGCCACCGCCGCCGCUGCCCAGCUGCAGAACUCGAUUCCCUCCCAGUUCCCCAACCUCAACCAAAUGCCCAACUACCAUUCCUCGCAGUACUGGCAGUGGGACUACUACAGCUACAACCUGUCGCACCUAGACCCCGCCACGCAGAAGGGCCAGAAGCAGUUCCACAAGGAUCUGGCCACCACCAUGGCGUACACGCACAACUUUACGCAGAACCUCUACCAGUCCGCCAACCUGGCCAUGCAGCAUGCCCACCAUCAUCAGAUGCACCAGACCAAGGAGAAGCACAAGGUGGAACGCAAGAGUGGCGGCAAGAAGGACGAGCACCAAGCAUCCAAGGUGGUGCCAAGCGGCGUGAAUGCGGUCAGCGCCUCUCGCGAGGAUGCCCAUGUCCAGCACUGCAAUGAGUAUGCGGCCAACAACCAGGCGGCGGCCAUUUACAAUCAGAAAUGUGCCGCUGCUGCUGCUGCGUCCCAGCAGAAGCAGGCGCAGGCGCAGCAGAUGAAAUCCCUGGCCAAUGCCCAGAACUCAGUGCCACGGCAGAGCAAUGCCAAUUCGGCUGAAACGACGGUCCUAAUGCCCAACCCGGGGACCGUGGCUGCCAAGCAAAAAGCCGAGCACGGCGUCAAUCCCACAACUGUCAUUUCGCGCGAGCCAAAUCUGAAUAAGAUUGGCCAGCAUCCCAACAUACAGCACGCUCCGCCAAGCCAGCAUCCCAACCUGCAGGGCGGUGGCCAGAGCGAUGUCAAUCCGAAUUUGGUGUACAACACAGAGCCGUCGGCGAAUGCGGCCAUGCAGCAGCACUACGAUUGCGGGAUCAAUGCGCAGAUAAACAUGGAAUCGCCGGCCAACAUAGGCAGCGCCAUUUCCCACGGCUCCCAGGAGAUUGCUGCCACCGCCAACGUGCAUAUGCAUCAGCCGCACCGGCAGUUCUCCGAUUGUUCCAUGCAGAACCAGCCAGUCACCACGCCCAUGCACAUGUCCAUCCAGAACUCGCACAUGCAGCAGCAGCAGAACAGUCUGAAUAUGAAUCUGUCAGCGGAGUCCUCGGCGAAUAUUAAUCUGCUUAACAAUCCGCAGCAUCAGCAGCAUCAGGCCAGGAAGUUGAAUGCUCAGGCGGACAUUGCGGUCAGUUCACCGACGACUCCCUCGCACAGGGCCACCACGCCCAAGCAGAUUCGCAGCGGAAAUACUGCCCAGCAGCAGCGGGAUUCCAAGAACGCGGCGCCGCCCACAACCACAUCGAAUACUCAUCAUCAGAUUCCGCAGGGAGGCGGAGGCGGAGCCACUGCAAAUAUUUCCAAGUCACACCAGGAGUCGCUGCAUAAUCUACAGUUCUCGCAGCACGGUGGCCACCAGCAGAAUAUGCAGACCAUCGACUAUGUCCCGAUUCCGCAGCUCAGCCAGAACUUCUCGGCCAAUCCCACGAACUAUGACAUCGUGAGCAUGCCGGCGGUGAUCCAGCAGCGGAUGCACUCGCUCCCCAACACCCAUCAGCGCAUCGAGCAGCCGUCGUCGGCGUGCGCCGUGAACAAUUUCUAUUUGCAAAACAACAUGCCUGCCGCCACAGAGAAUGCCCCGCGGGUGCCAGUAUCCAGCUCUUUGGGUGGUCCGCCUACAUCCGGCAAUGAUCAACAACGGCAGGCGGGGGGUCAGGACUCGAUAUCGGCAGCCGUCAACAGCACGGGCACCACUGCCUCUCUGUGCAGCCUGUCCAAGCUGCAGCAGCUGACGAAUUGCCUAGAGAGCCAGCCAUGCAACACGUCGCCGGGAGCGCAAGUGAAUCUGGCGCCCUCGCCGCACCAUCCCAUUCCACCCAACUCGAUGACUCCGCCGCCGCACCUGCUCAUGCAGAACAGGAACAUCUCCACGCCGCCGCAUGCCAACAUGCUGCAGACCCAGGUGGCGCCGCUGCAGUACCACAAGUACUAUCCGAUUACGUCUGCCCAGAACACGAGCAGGAACACGGCUCGCAACACCCCCUCCGCCCCCGUGCAGCACACCUCGGCGCCCAUGGGCAGCGGUGGCAGUAACAAUCGCACUACCACCAACGUCCACAUCAGUCCCAACCUGAUGGCCCCAUACGGAGCCAUUAAUAGCUACCGCAUGUCGCCGCAGCAAUCGCCGCCCACUGGGAGCUAUAGCUCGGGAAGCGAUUACCCCAACUCGCAGAUACCGAUGCAGAUGAUGAAUAUGCAAUCUCAGUACCAGGAUGCAUGCGUGCUGCAGCGAGGCACUCCCUCCAAUCCAAUGUAUCCCACGUAUUCCCCCUAUUUGCCUCUCAACGGUUCUAUUCGCAGAUAAUAGAUGCGCACAUUUUAUAUGUUAUUGUAUUGAGUAUGAUUUGUAUAUAUGAAUGUGUGCUGUAAAUAAAUAUUCUAUAUUAUAA